CACACAGUGAGAAGUUAGAAACCGGGACAGAUGGGACAGCAGGCCACUGCAGAGGCAGUAUGCAAUUGGAGCCUAAACCUGAGAGAUACUGUCUGACCAAUAAGGCUGCUCUUCUGGAAAGAGACGCUUCUUUUUGACUCAUUCUGACUUAAUAAACAAGACAAACCUGGAACCACAAAACCAGGAGAAAGCAUUUGGACACAUAGCCCACUUUAAGGAUGCAGGACGGGAGUUGGAAUCAACCACUCCCCAUCUCUGUGCUGCUGAAGGACCCGGCAGGAGGCGGGACUUUGGAGGGUGAUGGCGGUGUGUUUUCUGAGGCAUCCUCUGAUGGGGAACUCUGCCUGGACUCAGUGACAGAGCUGGAUGGGGACUUUGCAGAUCUCACUGCCUUCUUGAGUGCAGAAGAGAUUAAUCGUAGCCUGGACCUCGCCCGGGAAGCGUUUGGUGACACAAUUGAAUCUGAAUGUCCAGGCCCCUCUAAUCCUACAUCCCAGGAGCAGGCUCUCCAACAUGUUCCCUCCAUUCCUGUGCCCCCCCAGACAACUGAGAACCUCACCCCAAGUCCAAACUUGCAGCACCAGACCAAAGCCCCCUGCCCAGAUGACAAUGCAGCAGUUGAAGUCUCUUCCAGCCAGAACACCCCCCUCAAACCCACGCAGGUGUUCAGUGAGGCUCCUUCCCCUCCUGAGAAGAUAGUCCGCCACAAACCCAUCCAACCAAUUUAUAAGCAGGAUAAACCCAGGCUGCUUCAUGAGGGCCUGCAGCUGAACGAUCGCGCAGCUUCAGCCACAGAGUUCUGUAGCCGAGCUGCCACGUUCAUUGAGGAGCUGUCAUCCAUCUUCAAAGGUUCUGCACAUUUGGAGCAGCAGGUGGAGGAGGACUCCUCCUCCCCUGAUAGUGGCUAUCUGUCUCCAAGGAGUCAGCGACCAGUCCCUCAGGGCUCAGUCUCUGUUCCUGCUUUGCAUCCCGUUCAACAAGAGGAGAUACAGAAUAGCCAGCCAGUCACAAGGCUGGAGCCUCAGCCUGGAAACUCGAAAAUAGUGGCAGUGUCUGCAAGCUACCAACACUCUGGAGCUCCAACCACACAAGGAGCGCUGUCUCCUCCCUGCUUCCUCCAGAAGCUGAAGAGUCAGGAGGUGGCAGAAGGACGCCCCAUUCGUCUGGAAUGCAGAGUCAGAGGAAACCCUCUGCCGCUCGUCAGGUGGUUCUGUGAAGGCCGUGAGCUGCACAACUCUCCUGACAUACAGAUCUUGAGGGAUGGUGACCUGCACACACUGGUGAUUGCUGAAGCCUUUGAGGACGACACAGGACGUUACACCUGCGUGGCUUCCAACAGUCUCGGAGCAGACAACACCUCUGCUGAGGUUUACAUUGAAGGAGCUUCGUCAUCAGACUCAGAAGGAGAAGGAGCUGUUCCAAAGUCCAGAUCAGGAACCAUGCCUCAAGUUCAGAAGAAGAGUACUUCAAUGUCCCUGACUAUACGCUCAUCUUCGCCCAAUAUCCAUGAGGUCCUUCCUCGUCGCUCCACCCUUGUCCAGUCCCUGUCUCAGCCCCCACAGCGGAUGCAGAGCCCAGUGUCGUCUCUGUAUGGUGGUGAUGUGUCAGCUCCUCCUACAUUCACCAAGCUGCUGCAGGACGCCCAGGCAUCUGAGGGCCAGGUGGUGGUUCUGGAGUGCAGGGUACGUGGAAGUCCUCCUCUGCAGGUCAGAUGGUAUCGCCAGGGAGAGGAGAUCCUGGAUUCCCCCGAUUUUCGUAUUCUCCAAAAAAAGCCUCGAUCUGCAGCUGAGCCAGAGGAGAUCUGCACCCUGGUGAUAGCCGAGGCCUUUCCAGAGGAUGGAGGUCUGUUCUGCUGCACCGCUUCCAACCCAUAUGGAUCCAUUAACAGCACAGCCCAACUCACCGUCACUGCAGCAGCUGAGGACUUAUCCAGUAAUGGCAUGUCUGGUGAUAGCUCAGGGUUUGAGGAUGCAGCAGCCUUCCCCCCUCCUCCCCCACCCACAGAAAUCAGCCUCCUAGAGCUGCCACCCAAGACGCUGCCUCAGCCCGGCACUGAGCCUUUCCAUAUCAAGGAGCUUGAGAUUUGGCCCAGUGUGUCAUCUCUGCCUCCAUUACAGAUAGGCUCAGAGGUAGAGGACACGGAUAAGGGAAAAGGGUCUAUACAGAAUGGCCGACCCUCAAAUCCUCCAUCACCACCAAGCCCACCUAAAGCAACCACACCCCCACUCCCACCUCCACCUCCACCUCUGCCACAGUCUGACACUAUGACAGCCCAAAGUCCAGCCCAGGUGGCACCAGCCUCACCUUCAUCCCCAGGCAAGCUGUCUCCAUCCCCUGGGAAGGACGGUCCUCCACUGCCUACCAAGCCUAAACCAAAGCUAGCUGAGAAUAUAGAGGAGGAGACAGAAAAUGACAGGAACGCUUCCCAGCUAAAGCAGCUGCAGGACCAGAUUCUAUUGGAGCAGCAAGAAACAGUCAAUUGGCAGCAGGAGCAGCAGAGCCAGGAAGUCCCACCUCCACCUCAGGAAGUGCCUCAGGAAGUGCCUCCACCAGCUCCACCAUCUCCACCUCUCCCCCCUCCUCCCUCCUUCCAGGAGUUGGAGAGCAACGCAGCCAUGCAGGCCAGCACCUUCAACUACGCCCGGCCCAAGCAGUUCAUUGCUGCUCAGAGCCCCGGUGGAACGGGCUACGUCACCCAGUCCUCUGGUUCCUCAGGGUCGAGCCUGUCCUCCCCGCUGUCACCUCCCACCUCGCACAAGCCGUUCAACAGGGUCACUAUGCCCCCCUUCACCAAGGCCAGCAGCGUGGAGUCCCCGAGCUCUCCUUCUUUCCCACCUCCACCUCCACCCUUCCUCAGCUCCAGUAACCUGUCCUCUCCAUCAGGCCCUGCCCAAGACUUCCCUCCCCCUCCGCCUCCUCCCCCUCUGCCCGUCUCCGUGUCUCCAGCCUGCUCAGAUAUGUCCUCGCCGUUCUCCUCCGUCCCUCCAUCCCCAGCCUCCAGCUUCUUGUCCUCAGUGUUGCCCUCCACACCUUCCUCAACCGGCAGUCCUACAGUCAAUGCCCUGGGCCUUCCUAAAGGCAACGGGACUGUCAAAGCGUUCCCCAGAAAGUCCUCUGUCACCAGGACGCCUCGCCUCUCCUCUGACUCGGACAUCCAAGGAUCCAAGGACGCUGUCAUCCAGGACUUGGAGAGAAAACUGCGCUUCAAAGAGGAGCGCAUAAGCAAUGGUCAACAGAGGUUAACCUAUGAGGAGAAGAUGGCUCGCAGACUGCUGGGCGCUGACAACGCUGCCACGGUCUUAAACACACAGGACACAGAGGAGGAGCCAGUCACACAGGAAUACAAGUCAUCUGAUAGAGAAUGUUUCCCUCAAAAGGAAUACAAGGUGUCCAGCUUUGAGCAGCGCUUGAUUAGUGAGAUUGAAUUCCGUCUGGAGCGUUCUCCGGUGGAGGAAUCCGACGACGACGUGCAGCACAAUGAAGACUCUGCCGGCCACGGGGUGGCACCAUCUUUCGACCAGAAGCUCAAACACUACAAAGUCUUUGAGGGCAUGCCAGUCACCUUCUCCUGCAAGGUCAACGGAGAUCCCAAACCAAAGGUCUACUGGUUCAAAGAUGGCAAGCAAAUCUCAAAGAGGAGCGAGCACUACAGGAUCAGCCGUGACGCUGAUGGAACCUGCUCCCUGCACACUGCUGCAGCCUCACUGGAUGAUGACGGCAACUACACUAUCAUGGCAGGCAACCCUGAGGGCAGGGUGAGCUGCACCGGCAGGAUGAUGGUCCAAGCUGUGAACCAGCGAGGCCGUAGCCAGCGCUCCACACCUGGACACAUGCGCAGGCCCAGGUCCAGGUCUAGAGAUAGUGGUGAUGAGAACGAUAACAUCCAAGAGCGUCACUUCCGCCCCCACUUCCUGCAGGCACCCGGUGACCUCAUCGUUCAGGAGGGCCGACUGUGCCGGAUGGACUGCAAGGUGAGCGGCCUGCCCACUCCUGACCUCAUCUGGCAGCUGAACGGACAGACCAUCCGCCCCGACUCCGCCCAUAAGAUGCUAGUGAGGGAAAACGGUGUGCACUCGUUGGUCAUCGAGCCCGUGACUAACCGCGACGCUGGCAUCUACACCUGCAUCGCCAGCAACCGAGCGGGCCAGAACUCCUUUAACCUGGAGCUCAUCGUUGCAGCCAAAGAGAUGCACAAGGCCCCUUCAUUUGUUGAGAAGCUGCAGAACACAGUUGUGGCUGAGGGUCAUCCUGUGCGACUGGAAUGUCGCGUCACAGGGGUUCCCUACCCACAAAUCUUCUGGAAAAGGGAGAAUGAGUCUUUCACUCAUAACACAGACAGAAUCAGCAUGCACCAGGACAACUGUGGAUACCUGUGUAUGAUCAUCCAGCCGGCCAUGAAAGAAGAUGCAGGCUGGUACACUGUGUCAGCCAAGAAUGACGCCGGCAUCGUAUCCAGCACUGCACGCCUCGACGUCCACACUCAGUGGCAGCAGCCUAACCUCCCCAAGCCCAAGAAGGUGCGUCCCUCCACCAGCCGCUACGCCGCACUCACAGAGAGAGGGCUGGACGUGAAGGCAGCCUUCUUCCCCGACUCCAGCCCGCUGCAGCCCGGUGGCCUGGUGGAAAGUGAUGACCUGUAGAAACCACAGGGCAGCCGGCAAGAGGAUUGCAACGUCUCCAAAAAAAACCCCUGAAAACUGCCCUUAUUCCAAGCACUCCUGAGAAGACAAAUACUUUAUGAUGGCGACGGGGGUCAGAAUAUAACCAUGUCCACUUGAGGGACUCUAUCAUUGAUACAGAACUAAAUGGUCUGUGGGCAGAGUGAGCUGGUGGUUUUCUUAUGUUGUUAUAGUAUGACACAACCCAUUAUAUUACAGAAAGUUGUUUCCCCAAGCUUCAUUUUAUAAACUGGACCUGGAAAAUGAUUGUUUGCGUUUACCACGAGGAAAGACUGUUCAUACACAUGCUCUCUCAUGUUUCAUGAACUGUGCGGUUGACUCUGUUUUGCAAAGGGUUGUCUUUUUAAGUGCCUCUCAUGUCUGUAAAGAUAAAACAUGAAAUGAAUUACUAUGCAUGUUCAAGUGGUGCCAUUUGAAAUACACGGACUAAUACUGUAUCUAUACAUAGCACUCCGGAGAAAAGACGACUUAAAAAGACUGAAUGACUCAAAGCAUGGUAGCUUUGAUGAAGGAGAUCACAAACUUUUAUUAUGUGGGCUUGUGUAGCAUAGUGCCGAUAUCUACAGUAUCUGGUUAUUGUUGGAGUAUCAUACAGUUUGCUUACAGAUAUUGGGAAAGGCCGGGCCUUAUAGACCGUAUGUUUGCCAUGUUUAGUGUUUUAUUAUUGUUUUUGUUUUGCAAAAGAAAUGAGGUUUGGGAAGAAAGAACAUGUGGAUGUGAUUGGUUGCGUUGUGGGUGCAGCAGAACUUAAGGAAAUUUGGAUCUAACAAACACAGGAAGGAAAAAGCAGGUUUUUUUGACGGACAUCAACUUUAAUGUGGUAAGUCAACACUUGAUAGGAAGGAUGUGAUUGGCUGACAGUUGUGAUUUUUUUUCUUCUUUUGACGGUUUAUUUUUAAAAGUGUGAAUUGAAAUGUUCUCACUUGAGAGAGGGUGCUGUGAAAGGUUUCGGUGUAUUUGUCACACAUCACAGAUUGUCCAUUUUAUUUUUGUAUGGAAAAAAAAACACUUUACUUUCCCAACAAUCUUGACAUAAAUUAUAUCAGCAACCUUUUGUUAACUGAUAAAACAAUCUUUUCUGUAUCAUGAAGUUUUAUAAAUAUAUUUACUGCCUUAAAUCACUUGUAGGCUUAAUGCAAACACAAUUUCUUUGCAUGUUACUUUUGGGCACUUGUACAGUGCCAACAACGUUUUUCGGGAUGUACAAACACAACUUUUUUCCCCCAGUAUUCAAGGGUACAAAAGUGAAAGGCAAGGUUUAUUUAUAUCAACUAUUUUCGUCACCUCUGUAAUGCUAUACAAAGUGGACAUCUUUUUCUGUGUCUGUUCAGAGCUUGCAUCAGCUGACAGUUACUGUGUUUGCACAUUUCUAUGCCAAUCAAUGCCUGUAUAUGGAUUGUUCUCCUGAUAUUAUUUUAGGUUAUGAAAGUUAAUAAAAAUCAAUCUCUUCAGAGA